AUGGCCAGGACCGGGAUCGGUGCCCUGCUGCUCUCGCUGCUGCUGCUCCUGCACAGCCCGGCCGCCUGCGGGGCGCCCCCGCAGCCCCGCGGCACCCUGUGCAGGACCAAGCCCACGGACCUGGUGUUCAUCAUCGACAGCUCGCGCAGCGUGCGGCCGCAUGAGUUCGAGAAGAUCAAAGUGUUCGUGUCGCGUGUGAUCGAGGCGCUGGACGUGGGGCCCAACGCCACCCGCGUGGGCAUCAUCAACUACGCCAGCGCCGUGCGCAGCGAGCUGUCCCUGCAGAGCCCCCAGAGCAAGGCGGCCCUGCUGCAGGCCGUGCGCCGCAUCCAGCCCCUCUCCACGGGCACCAUGACCGGCCUGGCCAUCCAGUUUGCCAUCAGCCGCGCCUUCAGCGCUGCCGAGGGCGGCAGGGCCGGCGCACCCAACUUCAGAAAGGAGUCUGGAUCAGUGGAGGUGAAGGGGGAGGUUCUCAAUGAGGAUCUGGAGCUGGGGGUGCAUGAGGAUGCCCAGCCUGGCCGGGGUGGCACUGUGCCAGCCCCGUGCCCCUGGCAGGACCCCGUUCCCACAGGAUUUCGGAUGUUUGCCGUGGGAGUCGGCAACGCCGUGGAGGACGAGCUGAGGGAGAUCGCCUCCGAGCCCGUGGCUGAGCAUUAUUUCUACACCGCUGACUUCAGGACCAUCAGCAAGAUCGGGAAGAAGCUGCAGAUAAAGAUCUGUGCUGAGGAAGAUCCGUGUGAGUGCAAAUCCAUCGUGAAGUUCCAGACCAAAGUAGAGGACCUCAUCAAUUCCUUGCAGCAGAAACUGGAAGCUGUGGCCAAAAGGAUCGAAGCCCUGGAGAACAAGAUCAUCUAAAACCCCACACCAGCAGUUUUUUACCUCCUUCCCAAACUAACAGAACCAGAAUUGCUCCACUUUUCAGGGAGGGCAGCUCAGCCCCAGAGCUCUGGGCAGCUUUUAUUAAGGUCUAGGCUACCUGCAUUUGUUUAAAAGGAAGAAUUAUUACAGUAGAGCAGAGUUUGUAUA